CGAAAAGUAUGCAUACACCUCGAAACGCGGGGUUUUGGUUCUGAGGCUUUUCUUGAGAUUAUGAUUGAAUGGGUGAAUAAACCUACGUAAAUCGAGUGUAUAUGCAGUCUUAGAUCAUCCUGAGGACGUUAAUUGUGAGUGUAUCUACUGACAAAUAUGUCCCAUCGUAACUACGUGCGUGAGGAGCAAUAUGUUGGGCCGUAUAGACUUGAGAAAACUUUGGGAAAGGGUCAGACAGGACUUGUUAAAAUGGGAGUACAUUGUGUAACAGGUAAAAAGGUGGCUGUGAAGAUAGUCAAUCGAGAGAAGUUAAGCGAUAGUGUACUUCAAAAGGUUGAAAGAGAAAUUGCUAUUAUGAAAUUGAUUGAACAUCCUCAUGUACUGGGAUUAUAUGAUGUAUACGAAAAUCGACGACAUUUAUAUCUUAUCCUGGAACAUGUUUCUGGCGGGGAACUAUUCGACUAUCUUGUUCGUAAGGGUCGGUUAGCACCAAAAGAAGCUAGAAGAUUUUUCAAACAAAUUAUUUCUGCCCUGGAUUUUUGUCAUAGUCAUUGUAUUUGCCAUAGAGAUUUGAAGCCAGAGAAUCUAUUACUGGAUGAUCAACUGAAUAUACGUGUUGCUGAUUUCGGUAUGGCGUCAUUACAACCUGAAGGUUCAUUAUUAGAAACAAGUUGUGGCUCACCUCAUUAUGCUUGUCCUGAAGUAAUAAGGGGCGAAAAAUAUGAUGGACGUAUGGCAGAUGUUUGGUCCUGUGGUGUAAUUUUAUAUGCUCUCUUAGUGGGUGCACUACCAUUCGAUGAUGAUAAUUUAAGAAAUCUAUUGGAAAAAGUCAAAAAAGGCGUAUUUCAUAUACCAGCAUUUGUUUCAGCUGAUUGUCAGUCAUUAUUAAGAGCUAUGAUUGAAGUGGAUACACGUAAACGUAUUACAUUAAAAGAGGUACUUGAACACAAAUGGGUUAUUGGUGAUCAGAAUACACCGUUACCUUUGGAGUUGCCAAUGACUCAGGCUGUACAAACGGCUAUCAUUCCAACACGUGCUGAUAUUGAUCCAGACAUAUUUUCUACAAUGACUUCUUUACAAUGCUUUCGUGAUCAAGAAAGAUUAGUUGAAGAAUUAUUAUCUCCAGUUCAUAAUACUGAAAAGGUAAUAUAUUUUCUUCUGUUGGAUCGUAAACUUCGCAAUCCAAGCUCAGAUGAUCCAGAUGAAAUUCGAUCUAGGAGCAGUACUCAAAGCCUAGGUUCUUCAAAAGCUGAUCCACCCCGUAAAAGGAUAGACAGUUUAAAGCUCACAUUGAACGGUUCAUCGCGCUUAUCCCUUGGCAAUUUAAGUGAAGGUUCUCCAUUAUCUGGUCGCCGAGGUUUAGCUGUACAAAAGUUACGGAAAAAAUCAUUUUCAAGUGGAUUAGAUAGUCAAUCGAGUACACCAGCUGUCAGUCCAUUAGGCUCACCACUUUCCCUUCAACGUGUUCAUUACAGGCCAGUUGGUUGUGAAAGUUUAGAAAAUGCACAUCCUGGUCAUGUGUCUAUUUCAGUACCACAGUCCUCACGCCCACAAACAGUAUGUUCCGUAGCUUAUACCAGCUCAAAUGAUCCACGUUUAAUCGUACCCGCAGCAGCAACAACAACAACAACAACGACAAUUAAUACUUCUACAGAUAAUGGUGCCAAUACUACGAAAACUUCGUCAAACCAUUUACCAACAAAUAUUACUAGUGUACCAUCUAAUUCUCCUCAUGGGAUUACUACUAAUUCGUCGCCUAGUGCUCAACCAUCUCAAAUACCAUUGCCACCACCACAACAACACCAUCCAAAUUUAAAUAUAUACUAUUUUGGGAGCAUUCCACAUAUUGGUCAUCGACCUCAGCAUUUUCUUCAUCCAUCAAUGACUCCUAUUCCUGUUGCUACAACACUAGCACCACCACCGCAUUUCGUACCUCCGUUCCAUUUACUUCCUCAUCUUCACCCUCAUUCAUUUACACCUGGACCUUAUUUUAUACCACCGAUCCCACCGUUUUCAAGUGGCAAUGGUGGUGGAUCUUCUGUAAUGUCACCUCCGCCUAACGCUGCUAUGCCUAAUUUAUCUACAAACAAUAAUAUGGGACAGUUACCAGUGCUUACUGAAGUUUCAUCUACUUUUGAUCAUAAUAAUCUAUCAAUGAAUCCGAAUGAAAUUUCAUCCACUUCCUCGUCAAUUCCAAUUUCUUCUUCUUCUGUCUCAGGAAUUACUACAGAUUGUAAUUCCAGUUCUAAUGUACCUAUGAAAUCAAAUCAAAUGACAGGCAAUGGAAUUAGUAGUAUAACAAAUGUAACAACGUCAAGUGUCUCAACAACAACAGCAACAACAACAACAUCAGUAACUACACCAACAGUAUCUACCAAUAAUCUUAGUCAUUACUCAGAAGAACAAUCAGUUGAUAAACAGCUGAGUAAACCUUCAGACUCUAUUGCAAACGAUGGCUCCAGCAAUUCAAAUUUAAUCAGAGUCUCUCAUAAAGAAUAUGAUAAAGAUUUGCAGUCUUCCAUCUUAUCGACUGCAACAAAUCAUAUGCACUUGAAUAAUUCAUCGAGUACAGCUCCGUCAUCUCCUGUCGGUGGUGUACAGUCAAUUCGAAAGAAAUACAACUCAAUAGCUCACUCAUCACCGCCUCCAUUGCAACCACAAUCAGGACAUAAUGUUACUCAUCAAAAUUCGAAAGAUGGACAAUUUCAACAAUCCCCAGCUCAGUCACCAAUACCUAGCGAUAAAAUGAGUUCUCCGUCAAUUAACAAUGCCAAUGUACUGCGUGAGAAAACGCGUAAUAAUGGUACAACAAAUUUGCAAUCAGAUGUAAACGGACAAACUGUUAAAUACUCUACUCAAGAAAAUUCUCGUAUUAGAUCUGAAGUUAGAAAACCUCGUUUAGAUGGCUUGAAAACUGUGGACACUUUAACCUGUGGAAGUCCUGUAUUGACAUCGUCUUCUUCAUCUACUGCUAACAGUCCAAUUUUAUCUCAUGCAGCCUUAUCUAAUGCUCCACCAACUAGUCCUACAUCAGGAACAGCGCAUCAACCAUGGCGUGUAAAAUUAAAUAACUUGAAAAUGUCAUUUUUAGGUUCACCAAGAUUUCACAGGAAAAAAUCAUCACUUAUUCAUACAACUGAUCAGUUGAGUGAAACUCCUCCAAGUAGUCCAAAUUCUUUUUCACAAAGUCAAUGGAGAAACUCAGGACGUUCAUCUGGUUUAGAACCUUCUCCCUUAUUAACGCAUAAAUCAUGGUUCAAUGGUUUUCUGACAGCAGCAUCUGGUCAUGUAAUUACUAAAGGCAGUCAACAUGCAGCGAAUGCAGCCGCAGCUGCACAAGACUCAGCUGCAUUGGCAAUAUCAAUUCAAUCAAAAUGUAAAGAAGAAAAUGAAAAGAUUAAGGAAGAAAAUGAACAAAGUGAAUUGCAUCAUGAAAAAGAUGCUAAUUCGGAUAAAUUGUCUGAACAGAUUUCAACUAGUAGUGAAUUAACAGAAAGUUGGAAGAAUUCAAGUGUAAUAUUUGAUGGAAGUAAUAAUAGUAAUAAUAAUAAUAAUAAUAGGACUACUAAUACUAAUGUUUCAGAGUCACAAUAUUCAACCUCUCAACCUUCUUCACCAUCAUACUCAACAGUUUCAGAUGGUGUAGUAAAGUCUCAUCAUCACUAUCAUCAUACGCAUCAUUAUCCACAUCACAGUCAAUUACAACACCAAUCACAUCAUAUCGGUGCUACAACUGAUACACAGUUCAUUUCUAGUCAAUUACACUCUUCAGAUUUUAGUUCAACUGCUAAACCGAUUGAAAGACGAGGAUUUAAACCAUUCACAUCUCCACUCACCAAUACUGUUACUGCUACUACUAAUAAUAAUGCAAGUAGUAGUGGUACAUCAGGUGGAGGUAAUGCACCACCAGAAGAGACGAACCAUGUAGUGAUGGUGAAAGGUCGUGCUCUGAACAGACUUAAAGCAGAACUUGUACAGGUCUUCUUAGCCACACCUGGUGUUGUUCAUACAGUAAUUUCGCCAACUAGUUUUCGAGCUGAAUAUCGUCGUGCGGGUAGUGGAUCAAGUUUACUUGCUCGACCAGUUAAACUACAAGUUGAUAUGGUUCGUGCAACUGGAGGGAUCAGUACAGGUUCUGGACAUCAGAACAAUAUCAACUCAAUCUCAUCUGAACGAGAAGUGUAUGCAGUGAAUUUCCAGUUAUUAUCAGGACCAACGCGUCGGUUUAAACGUCUUUGUGAUCAACUUCAAACAGCGCUUUUGUCCGGUGCUGCAAAUCCAAGCUUUGUUGCUCACAGUACAUUAAGUUCAGUUGGAGGAACAACAUCAAUUACUAGUGUAUCUCCAACAUCUAAUAUUGUUACAACAACAACUGUAAGCUCACUUACUUCAUCCUCUGCAUCAUUAACCUCUACAAAAGGACAUAAUCAUAGCUUAGAUGAACAGAAUUCAGGACAAAAUACUUCUGAUUUACACUUUAAUCAAAAUCAAAUCAAUCAACCUCUACAGUCCCGGUCCAGUGAAGAUGAAUCAGUUUCCUCUUCAAAGUUUACUAAUCCUGAUGAGAUUAGUUCUCAGAAAAAUAUUAAGACAUCUUUACCUGUUGUUUCUCCACAAUCAAAGGAUACAUUGAAUUCAACAUCAGAUACUAUGGUUUGUCAAUGAUAUAUAUAUUCUCUUUGAUUUUCCUCUUUUCAACAAUGUGCAUACACAAUUCCAAAAAGCCUUUCAUUAACAUCACUCUAAUUCUGAAUAAUAAUAAUAAUAAAGUAUUUAUUAAAUAAUUUUAUGACUUAUGUCUUAUCUCUCAAUAAAAAUAAAUUACUCAUAGUUCUUUUUAUGAUUUCUUUUUUGUUUGUUUGUUUUUAAGUAGGACACCAUAUACCUUACUUAAAUGCGUGUACUUAAAUCACAGUGUGUUUGUGUGUGUGUGUGUACGUUUGUCUGAUGAAUUUCCUCUCUUUUUUGUUCAUUAUUUGACCUCACGUACUGACAGUGAUUAAUAACGCUCAUACAAAACCCUAUCAACACAUUAAUUAUCUGUAUUCCUGAUAUGUUCCUGUAUUAGUUAACGUUACAGAAAAUCUCCUUCCUCUUGCUGUCAGUCUAUCUUUCUUCAUGUUGAUCCUUUUCCACUCUUAUGUUGACUUUGACGACUUUCGUUUUGUGUUUACUUCAACAUCUGUUUGUCUAUGUAUCUGUACGGUUGUAGAUAAAGUUAUCACAUUGGAUUCUUUUUAUCGCUUUUCCUCUUGUAGUUUGUCAAAAUUCAAUGAAGUGUACUAACGUUAAAAAUGAAGUACGUUGAACACUAACCGAGCUAUACAGUUAUUAUUAUUAGUAUUAUUUUUUGUCUUUGCUUGUGUGUAAUCUGUCAUUAAGUUAUGUAUAUUGAAUAAUGGAAAAGGAGACAGCUCUCCUGUUUGUGUGCUUUAGUGUGCUGUUUUCUUUGUCAGUGUAUUAUUAUUAUUAUCAUUAAUCUUGGGGCUGUUAAUUCUUUGUUUACUUUGAGGUAAUUGUUGUACCACCACUAACUAGCUUGGAUGAUACAACAUCUAUUAUGGAUUUUUCACCUUUUUUUGUCUAAAUGAAAACUCCACUUAACUUCGAUAUAUACAUAUAUAUAUAUAUAUAUAUAUAGCUCAUUCGUAAUAAUAAAACCCAUAUUUGUCUUCUUCUUUGCCGUUUGAUUCAACGCCUUCAUUGAUUGUGUUGAUGGCUAUUGUACACACAUUUCUUUUCAUUGGCAAUAUUAGCCCAUUCCUUUAUAUGUAUCUCUAAACGUUUCUUACUCUCUUGCCUAUUGAUUCGAUUUUCAACGACUGUAUUUUGCCAAACUCUUCAUGCAUUUCAUAUACAUAAAUUACACACAUAUACACCUACUCAUUAUUAUCAUUAUCAUUAUUGUUAUUAUAAUCAUCAUCACUAUUGAGUUAAAAUAAUGUUACAUUAUCAGUGGCGUAUCCAUCUGUGAAUUUUGUUUGUGAAAAAAAAUGGUAAUGAGCGCUGAUAUCACUUAUUAUUAUUAUUAUUACUAUGUUUGUUGGUGUUUGUACCUGAUUAAUGUGUAUUUGAUGAUAAUAAUUAUUAUUAUUGUUAUUAGGUGCAAACACUGUUGGUGUGCUAUGUAUUUUUAGAAGUAUGUUCUUCCUACUCUUACACUUUUCUUUUGUCGAUAUAUAUAUUCACUCUACUAUUCUUUCUGUAUCUGGUCGUGCAAUACUACUAAUAAUAUGGUAGCUAUAUAUAUACAUAUAUAUAUACCUUUCAGAAAAAUAAUUGCAUUUCGUUUUAUCCCACUUUGCUUAUCUUGUUCCUUCGCCUCUUGUUCACACACAGACAAUGAAGACCAGUAGACAUAUGAUGGUGAUGAUGAUGAUAUGAUGACGAAAAUUAUUUUCUGCAUUUCUUUUCUUACUUAGAGGAAUACUCUAUCUCUUCCUUUCGUUCCUUCCCUCCUUUCUUUCUUUUUCUUUCUUUCUUGGCUUUUUCCAUUGUGUAAUAUUUUUUAUCAUUAUUGAAUAAUAUCUGUCUAUUAGAAGAAUUCAUUUUUUUUGUUACACUUUUCUAUCAUUAUCAUUAUUUGCUUGCCUUUUUUGUUAUCAGGAUAUCUAGUUUUGUUUUUUCCAUGUGGGUUCUCUUAUUCACAUCAAUUUUCUUCCUGUCCAUCUCCCUUUCUCUCCUCUCUCUCUCCCUCUUUCUGUCUUUUGUUUACUUGGUUGCCUUGAUUUCCUGAUAACUACAGACAUACAUUAUACUGAUAACUAUAAGGUGAAUAUAUAUAUAUAUAUAUAUAAUUAUGAAAAUAAAUAUUUAAAAAUGG